GCCGCCCCGGGGAUGCGCGCCCUGCGCCCUGCGGACGGGCCCGGCCGGUCCAUAACCGGGAUCCCUUCUGCCGACCUCGGAACAGGAAAAGCGAGAAUGGAAGAGUCGUGGUGGGAAGGUCUGCUUGCAUCAGAUAUCCACUCGGCACUGAGAGGGAAGGAGCUGAAGUUGCCCGCGUACAGAGCCCGCUCCCCGCUCAUUGGGAUGCGCCGCUAUUUUGCCGACCUCUUGGCCCUGCUCAGCAAUCAGUGCCAGCUGUGCCCCACAGCUCGGCACCUGGCAGUCUACUUGCUAGACCUCUUCAUGGAUCACUACGACGUGACCACCAAGCAGCUGCACACCGUGGCCAUGGCCUGUCUCUUGCUAGCAAGUAAAUUUGAAGAGAAGGAGGACAAAGUGCCAAAACUGGAGCAGAUGAACAGCCUGGGCUUCAUGUGCAGCCACCACCUCAUGCUGAGCAAGAAGGAUCUCCUGCAGACGGAGCUGCUGCUCCUGGAGGCGUUUGGCUGGAAUCUGUGCCUGCCCACCCCAGCCCACUACGUUGACUACUACCUCUUGGCCUCUGUUAGCAAGAAAGACCUCUGCAACGGCUGGCCCAUCACCUCCUUCACCAAAACCAAAGCGUUCCUGGAGAAGUACGCCCACUAUUUCCUCGAGGUCUCCCUUCAAGAUCACAUUUUCCUCAGCUUCCCUCCAUCCCUGGUGGCCGCCGCCUGUGUUGGAGCCUCUCGAGUCUGCCUACAGAUUUCCCCGUCCUGGACACAAGACCUUGAAAAAAUAACACACUACUCCUGGGAACAUCUCAACUCUUGCAUUGAUAUCAUGCUCAUGGCCUAUGAUAGUGACAUCAAAGAGGCGAGCAAAGCGAAGAGCCAGCCCGGGGGCCUGCAGCCCCAGAUGAUGGUGCCGAGCCCACACCAGGCCCCGACGCAAGUGCUGUUCCAGCAGCCCCCCUACCCGCCGCUGGCCCAACAGUCGGCCACCCUGUCCCAGUUCCAGGGCCCCGUCCAGGACCUGUGCUCAGCCUACCGUGACUCCCUGCAGGCCCACAGGUCCAGGGGCCUGCUCUCGGGGAGCACCAGCACCUCCUUGCACACUUACUCCGCCCUGCCAGCCGGGCUGCAGCCCGCCCUGCGGACUCUGCCCCUCCAGGGCCCGAUCACCAUGCAGGUCACCAUCGCCGCCGAGCCCAGGCACUGCCUCUCCAGGAGCUACGGGAGCAGCUAUUUCAGUGGACACCACUCAUACCCCACAGGAUGUUUUGACAGAUGACAGACUAGCAAGGUGGCAAAAUAGCGAAGAUUUGGGUCUGGACCGAGAGGGA